AUGGAGAAUUUCGUCGACGAGAGUAGUUUUGUUCCUUUAAACCAAACCAUCUUCACACGUGAUCAAGAACUGAUGAAAGAAGAAGAUUUUCCAUUCGAAGUAGUCGACCAGUCAAAGCCCACAAGCUUUCUUCAAGAUUUUCACCAUCUUGAUCAUGAACAUCAGUUUGAUCAUCAUCAUCAUGGCUCUGCAUCUUCAAAUCCUUUGAUCGGUAUCCAAACGAUGUCGUCUUGUAUCAACAAUGCUCCUUUCGAGCAUUGCUCUUACCAAGGAAACGUGGUCGACUUUUAUGAAUCUAAGCCACAUUUGAUGAAUCAUCAUUUCCAAGCUGCGGAAAAUCCAUACUUUACACGUAAUCAUCAUCAUCAUGAAGAGAUUCAUUCGGUCGAUGAACAUGAUCCUAUGGACUUGGAACAAAACAACAUGAUGAUGAUGAGGAUGAUCCCUUUUGAUUACCCUCCUACAGAGAUCAUCAAGCCCAUGAACUUCGUGAUGCCAGAUGAAGUUUCAUGUGUUUCUGCAGAUAAUGAUUGUUAUAAAGCGUUGAGUUUCAACAAAAACAAACCUUUUCUGUCAAGAAAAUUGUCUUCAUCGUCAUCGUCUUCAUCAUGGAAAGGAAAGAAAAAAUCAACCUUAGUCAAAGGACAAUGGACUGCUGAAGAAGACAGGAUAUUGGUUCAACUCGUGGAGAAAUAUGGAUUGAGGAAAUGGUCGCAUAUCGCUCAAGUGUUACCUGGAAGGAUCGGGAAGCAAUGUAGAGAGAGAUGGCAUAACCAUUUGAGACCUGACAUUAAGAAAGAAACAUGGAGUGAAGAAGAAGACAAAGUGUUGAUAGACUUUCACAAAGAGAUUGGAAACAAAUGGGCAGAGAUUGCGAAAAGACUCCCCGGAAGAACAGAGAAUUCGAUCAAGAACCAUUGGAACGCGACAAAACGAAGACAAUUCUCUAAGAGAAAGUGUAGAUCUAAGUAUCCAAGACCUUCUCUGUUGCAGGAUUACAUAAAGAGCUUGGAUUUGGGAGCUUUGUCGGCUUCCUCUGUUCCUGCAAGAGGUAGACGCAAAGAGAGUAACAAGAAGAAGGAUGUUGUGGCGGUUGAGGAGAAGAAGAAAAAGAAAGAAGAUGAGAUUUACGGACGAGACAGGAUUGUGCCUGAAUGUGUGUUUACUGAUGAUUUUGGAUUCAAUGAGAAGCUGCUUGAGGAAGGAUGUAGCAUUGACUCUUUGCUUGAUGACCUUCCUCAGCCUGACAUUGAUGCUUUUGUUCAUGGAAUCUGA